AUGGCUCAUCAAUCACAAGGUUUUGCCCGUAACUCUGCUCAAUCAAUUUCAUCUACUCCUUUAGUAGCUGCCUCAUCUGGUAAAGAGGUUAGUGGAUCGAGAGAAUGGGAAUAUGAGUCCUGUGUAGUUCGAUUCAAGGAUAAAGACACUUUGGUGAAUCUAGUGGUGUUAGACACCUUAGAUUUUGAUGUGAUCUUAGGAAUGGAUUGGCUAUCACGCUGCCAUGCUAGUGUGGACUGUUCCCAUAAAUUGGGUUGUUCAGGUUACUUGGCUGUUGUGAGGGAUACCCAAGCGAAGGUCAGAGAUAUAAGCCAAGUGUCGGUAGUUAAUGAGUUUAUGGAUGUAUUUCUAGAGGAACUACUAGCAUUUAUGGAUUUGAUGAAUCAAGUGUUCAAGCAUUAUUUGGACAAGUUUGUGGUGGUACUUGUUGAUGACAUCUUGAUAUAUUCCAGAGGCAGAGAGGAGCACGAGCAGCAUCUCAAGAUAGUGCUCCAAACUUUAAGAGAACAUCAAUUGUAUGCCAAGUUUUUCAAGUGUGAAUUAUGGCUUGGAAGUGUUGCAUUCUUAGGACAUGUGGUCUUUGAAGAUGGGGUACAAGUCAACCCAAAGAAAGUGGAGGCAGUGGAAAAGUGGCCGAGGGCAACAUCAAUUACAGAGAUUAGGAGCUUUUUGGGGUUGACCGUAUUAUUGUCGUUUUGUGAAAGAUUUCUCCAAAAUAGCCGCUCCUCUGAAUAG